GGAAACGCCAUUGGAAUCUUAUUAACGCUCAGUGUGUACGUUGCCCAUGCAUCGUCUAUGGCCCACGCGGUACAUUUCUGGGACUAAUGAGUGACUGGGCGUUAGCUCAAAAACACAACAUUAGCAUGAACAUAAGUAUUUUCCGAGAUUUUAGAUAAUUAACUUGUUCUCUGAAAUCGUGAAAUGACGUACUUUCAAGGAAAAUAGGCAGGUUUCUCGACUCAUACCCUGAUUUUGAUAAGGGAUUGUGAGAAGAUUCGUUUGCAACCACUCGAAGCAGCAUUUACAAGUGAACGCGAUCGCUUGACAUUCUGCUGUUUGGGGCGUUAUGCCACGUUCAAGACAGCUGGGAAAGAACGAGCUCCGACUGGGAAAAUCGAUUUGAACAGCCAUCCAACUAGGAAUUCCAACUCUUCCUAGAGCUCUGACUUUCCGAACUUAAAAUACAGACUUCAUUAUUUGACCUCGUAUUUUUCCGAGUUUCCGGGUGUUUUGAACGCUGCAUUAUAGACAGAUAGACAUUGAGCCAGAUAUUAAACCGGAUGUAUAAAUGUGAAGCAUCCGGUUGGCGUUUCCUCUCACUACCAAAUAUGUUAAUGCGAGGAAGCCCAGUGACCGGCAUGGUGAGAAGUUGGAUUGAGAUGGAUUUUGGCCAACAUUCUGCUAAUUUUCUAAUCGAUGAAACAUUUGAUCUCCAUACGGUUUUAUGUUUCCAAAACUAUAAUCUAUAACAAACAGAGUGGACUGCGUUUUGCAGACUUUACCCUUUGCCAAAGUAAAACAAAAAUGCGUUGUUUAGGAGUGCGAAUUGCCUUAUUGAGCACUUCAUAGUAUGCGUUCCCUAACGAAAAUAUGCAAAUAAAUACUAGAACGUGCCAUUGAGAUCUCACUAGCUAGUGCAUGGCUCUUCCCAUCUCCUUGCUAGUUCUACCCACCACGAUUAAUUUCCUCCCAUUGGAAACGACAGCCUCUGGUCUAUCUUGGGUUAGUUAUAAAAAUCUUUAGUGUUACGUUCAUUACACAAGGGUAACUAUCUCCUCCUUUCUCUAAUGUCUCUGUAGUGGAUCGCUGUAACCAUAGAAAUAAAACGGAUAGACAGGUCUGCUUGCAAAAGUGGGUCCUUCCUUACUCAACUCUGGGUGGGUAACAGUUCUAUUAAUUUCUAUUCUGUAUCAAAGAAGCACAAGGUCUGAGGAUGAUGUGAUGAGACAACACCAACCAGGGCAGGUGAAAAUCGUAUUUGUACGGGCUGAUUAAACUCUAGCUAAUUUAUAAACAUAAAAAGGAAGAUCUUUUUUUUUUUUUAGAUCUGUAAGUGGUUUACCGUAGCCUUUUAAUUAAUUUUUAAUCAGUAAUGGCGACCGAGUGCACCCAAGAAGCGGUUGUUCAAUUUCUAACCGAGCGAGGAGGGAGAGUGAAAAACAAGAUAUUCAUUGGCUAUUUCAAAGCUGUUUUCCCAGAAGACCCUGACCAGAAAGCAAUUGUUCGGGAGAAAUUCAAGGGAUACGUGGACAAUGUCGCAUUUGUAAAGUUGGAGAAUGGAGUGAAAUGUGUAUGUUUAAAAAAGAAGUAUCGAGUUUCAUUGAAGUGUACAGUGGAAAAAGACAGCGAGUGCAAUGGUAACGGGACAGGCACCUUAUUGGAACAAGAGGACAGCGGUGCUGCUAUAUCAACAUCAUAUAAGAACUUUAUAGAAGAUAGAUGCAGUUGUGGUGCACAGUCAGUAUCAUCUGCUGGGCAUGUGCACUCUUGGGAAAUCACUGCAAACGAAGAGGCACAAGACAUUUCACUUGGCUCAGGUUACGGAACUGACAAUGCCACGAGAGCGAGACCGCCUGACAUUUCUGGAAUUAUUUUGGAAGGUAAAAUUGUAGAAAGAGCUGCGUUAACAAGGUCUGUAGUUCAAAAUAAUAGUCUAUCAGACAAUAUGGGAAAUGCGUUAGGCAUUGGUGGUAAUGCAGAGCAGAAAUUGACCAAGAGGGACAUUCAUUGCAACCGCACGACAUUGCAACCGCAUGACAUACCGAAAAUUGCAGUGAUUGAGGCGUCACCUUUACCUACAUCCGCGGAUGGCUCUAUGUUCCCCUUACCCAUACGUCCAUUUCCAACUAAUGCACAGGACAGCCUGCUGUCCCGUCACCCUUCAACAGAGGACGGGGCAGACGAAAGCCAAUAUUAUGAUUUUCAACAGAGCAUAUCUGGGAGUGACAGCUACACACCUAAAAGUAGCCGUAAUAACUUUAUUGAGCUCAUGAUGAACAGCUCCCUCCAGGUGCGACGCAGCAUGGUGUUGAGGAACUCGGACUCCGCCUCUGUGGUUUCCUCUACUACAGACGAAGACGGUGCUUCAGUCACUCUGGACCCGUUGGAACACGAAUGGAUGAUGUGUGCAUCCGACGGCCAAUGGGAGAGUCUCCACCGUCUCCUUUCCUCUGAACCGAACCUUGUCAUGAAGAAGGAUUUUGUGACUGGGUUCACCUGCCUGCACUGGGCCGCAAAGCAGGGUAAACAAGAGCUGCUGGCGCUUCUUGUGAACUUUGCCAAACAACACACAGUGCCCAUCAACAUCAACGCCCGAUCAAGUGCCGGCUACACGCCCCUACACCUAGCAGCAAUGCACAACCAAGUUGAGGUGGUGAAGUUACUGGUAGGAGCCUAUGACGCAGACGUAGAGGCCAGAGAUUACAAUGGGAAAAGGGCGUGUCAGUAUCUUACAAACAGUGUGGCCGUUGAUAUCCGUGACAUCAUCGGGGCGGGUGUUGGCGGCGACUCGGACUCAGAGAACACAGACUAUGGGGAUGGGGGGCGUUGGAGGUUGUCUAAAGUUCUCCAGUCUAAUCUGACGCCCCUCAAACUGCACAAUCACAGCGAGGAGGACACAGGUGAUGGAGUAGACCAGGCCAGACAGAAACCCUUGCUGAGGAAAUCGUCCUUUAGCAAGAUGAGGCCCAAACUCCAGAAGAUCCGCUUCAGAUCUUCGCAGAUAGUUCACAGCACUUCGUUCCCAGCACACUGUGAGACAGAGGAGCUUAACGGGUCCAGGAAAAGCUCAUUUAAAUCCAGACCCAUGUCAAAUCUGUUUGGCUGAGGAAUAGCCCCUAAAUUCACUCGACAAAGAGAAAGUAAACUACUACAGAGCAGAAUGACUUACACAAUGGGGUAUAGUUUGAUGUUACAAGUGUUUAUGUUUUUUUGUGGCAUAGACCAAGUCUGGUGUUACACAUACUUAAGGGUUUUCCUCUAGGCAUUAUAUGAAUAUACUGAACUAACAGAAUAUGGUAUUACAUAAUCUAUUGAGUAACUGGCCAGAUUGUCACCCCUGGUUAGGCUAAAAAUGUCUGUGAUAACUCUCUUAUCAUUCCGAAGUAUCCAAGUAGGUCUUAUUGUUUGUCUGCUUGAACGCUUAACGUAUAUGUAAAGCUGUCUGUAAACCCACUGGGCAAAGAUGUCAUUUUAACGUCUAGUUUUGAUUUCCAUUUGGUUGAGUAUAACUAAUUUGAAUUCAGUGUGAAAUCAACAAAAAAAUGACACAAUGUCAUUGGAUUUAGGUUAAAAGUUGGGUGAUUUAAAAAGAUACGAUUAACUUACAUUGAUUACUUUUUUUCAAAGUCAAUCAGUUUUCCACGUUGAUUUGAUGCCUUCAUAUUGACUUUUUGUUGUUGGUUGAAAUGACUUGGGAACCAGGUUGACUCAACCUGUUUUUGCCUAGUGGGAAGUGUUUAAACGUCAAGUUAUUUCACCACAUGGUAGAAACAAUGUCAUUGAUUUCACAACGCUUGGGAACAAUUCUAUCUUAUUACUGUCAGACUGUUAUUUGUUUAUUCUCCCUUUUAUAUUUACGUUGCUUAAAGCACUUUGAUUUUAAACUGUUAUUGAUCCAGCUUUCCUGCGGUUGAUGCCAUUCAGUCCACCUGAAAGACUUUGAGAGGGGAAUUUACUUCCUCUUUGUGUUCAAGUGGACGAUUGGAGGCCAACGAAAAGGCCUCUGGUCCUUUACGUCUGUAAUCAGGAUCAGUAGAGGAGAUUUCUGUGUCACAAGGUACGCGGUUGUAGAGUGCAUGGUAGGCCGACUGUUUAUAGUGAUGAAAGAUCAGGUUUCACAACUAUUCACUUUUAAAAAUGUAAAUUUUUUUGACCUGAUAGCUCCUUAUUUUGAGUUGUCUAAGGUUGCAGUCGUCUGGUAUCAAGUUGUAGGUUACCCUUUGUUCUGUUUUAUAUCAACAAGCUCAGGCUUGCUGACCCAGGAGAGCCUAGCUCAGCUGAGAGUGAGCAAGAGAGACUAGUGUACAUUUAGUGCCAUCAGAAAGUGUUCAUACUCCUUGACUUAUUCCACAUUUUGUUGCGUUACAGCCUGAAUUCCGAAUUUAUUAAAUAUAUAUGUGUUUCUCACCAAUCUACACACAAUACGCCAUAAUGACAAUGUGAAAACAUGUUUUUAGAAAUGUUUGCAAAUGUAAUAAAAAAAAAGCAUGAAUAUCUCAAUGACGAAAGUAUUCACACCCCUGAGUCAAUACUUUGUAGAAGCACCUUUGGCUGCUAUUACAGCUGUGAGUCUUUCUGGGUAAAUUUCUAAGAGCUUUCCACACCUGGAUUGUACAGCAUUUGCCCAUUUUGUAAAAAAAAUAUUCAAGCUCUUCAAAUUGGUUGUUGAUCCUUGCUAGACAACCAUUUUCAGGUCUUGUCAUAGUUUUUCAAGUAGAUUUAAGUCCAAACUGUAACCCGGCCACCCCGGAAAAUUCACUGUUAUCUUGGUAAGCAACUCCAGUGUAGAUUUGGCCUUGUGUUUGAGAUUAUUGUCCUGCUGAACUGUGAAUUCAUCUCCCAGUGUCUGGUGGAAAACAGACUGAACCAGGCUUUCCUCUAGGAUUUUUCCUGUACUUACCUCCAUGUAUUUGUUUAUCCUGAAAAAAAUCCCCAGUCCUUAAUGAUUACAAGCAUACCCAUAACAUGAUGCAGCCACCACUAUGUCUGAAAAUAUGGAGAGUGGUACUCAAUAAUGUCUUAUUGGAUUUGCCUCAAACAUAACACUUUGUAUUCAGGACAAAAGGUUAAUUGCUUUGCAAUUUUUUUUGCAGUAUUACUUUAGUGCCUUGUUACAAACAGGAUGCAUGUUUUGUAAUAUUUUUAUUCGGUACAGGCUUCCUUUUCACUCUGUUAAUUAGGUCAGUAUUGUGGAGUAACUACAAUGUUGUUGAUCCAUGCUAAGUUUUUUCCUAUCACAGCCAUUAAACUAUUUCACUGUUUAAAAGUCACCAUUGGCCUCAUGGUGAAAUCCCUGAGCGGUUUCUUUCCUCUUCGGCAACUGAGUUAAGAAGGACGCCUUUAUCUUUGUAGAGACUGGGUGUAUUGAUACACCAUCCAAAGUGUAAUUAAUAACUUCACUAUGCUCAAAGGGAUAUUCAACUUCUGCUUUUUUAUUUGUACCCAUCUACCAAUAGGUGCCCUCAUAGCCGUGGGGAGUAAGGGUGCUGAGGGUGCUACAGCACCCCCUGAAAAAUCAUAAUAGUAAAAACAAUAUGAAUGAAAUAUAAAUAAUCUUUUGGAAAAUAUAUAUAUUUUUCACAAAAGUGAUGCACUGGGCCUUUAAUAGUCCUGUAUUAGUGAACUGAUUUAGCCUUCUGUUAUAGCCUUUAGUUUUUGUGCAAUGUUGCACUGAAUUCUAACACUUAUUUUUACUCUGCACUUUUGUUAUUUGUUAAUAUAACUGGAGUGUAUUUAAGAUUUUUAUUUUUUUUUGCAAAUCAUUGUCUCACAUGUACUAGUCUAAUUGUUUGUCUAGAUUAGAUUUAAGGCCUACUACAUAUGGCAUUAGCUGUUUUGGGGGAAUUUAAUGGUUUCUCAGUCAAUGGUUUUUAUUGCUGAAUAGCCUACAGUAAUGCUACAUAGGUUACUGAUUUUGCUACUUGAUUUAUUGUACAGUUACCUUUUUAUUAUGCAAUUAUUCUUUGUUCUUUUAUCAACCACCUGCUGCUAAUUACGAUAUUCAAAGGGCUGGAACGGUAUUUCUCGUCUGUCUGUACAUUAAAUUAUAUUAUAGUC